AUGACCUCUCAAAAUGUUUCAGCAAAAAUCAUUUCUGAGUUUGUGAUUUCAGGAUUUGACACUGUAGAGCACAAACUGCCCAUUGGAAUUGUUUUGCUGGUGGUUUAUAUGCUUGCAAUGCUCGCUAACACUGCAAAUAUAUGUUUUGUUGCCACCGACAAGAGAUUACACCAACCCAUGUAUAUUUUCCUUUGUAACUUGGCUUUGGUAGACAUGUUGUACAGCAGCAGUACCUGUCCAAGUAUGAUCAGCAUCCUAAUUGUCGGUUAUAAAGCUAUAUCUUAUAUCCCUUGUAUUCUUCAGAUGUGUGCUUUUCAUUUAAGUUGUGUAAUGGAGAUGUUUGCAAUCACUACAAUGGCGCUGGAUCGUCUGAUUGCCAUAAGCAAUCCUUUACGUUACCACUCCAUUUUAAAUACGACCCGUACUGCUGUAAUUGUUGUUUUGCUGUGGAUAGUGGCCAGUGCAAUUUUGACCGUCGUCCUGGCUACUGUUCUUCCUCUGCCUUUUUGUUCUUCCACUAUUCAGUACAUUUUUUGUGAAUAUGCUUCUAUUUUGAGAGCCACUUGUGUGAAUCCAAAUCCUUAUUUUAAUAUGAUAUCCACUGUGACUUUUGUACUGCUGUUUGGCACAUUCUCGUUCAUUUUCCUGUCUUAUGUGCGGAUAGUGAUCACUGUUUUGAGAAUGAAGUCAAAGGGUGACAAGAAGAAAAUGUUUCAUACGUGCUUUACUCACUUUUUAAUAGUAGUUUGUUUUUAUGCUUCAAUGUUUAUACGAAUAGUCUUGACCCGGAUUGGUGUGGUUUUAACGUUAGAGGAACGUAAUGGACUAAUGGUAGGAUCCAUCCUUGGCCCUUCUUUAAUAAAUCCUUUCAUAUAUUGUUUCAGAACCAAAGAGAUCAGAAACAAAAUACUUAGAAUUGUGUCAAAAGUUGCACCUGAAUAA